UGCGGUUGGUAGAAAUGUUUGCACGUCCCGGCAAUGAUCAUUCUCAAUUUGGAGGCAUGAGUCUCAGUUUCUCUGGGGCUCCUCUCUCUUUUUUGAAAUGUUUUCCCCAUGGUCUCCAUCUCUCCAUCCUGCCUUGCCCCGGCACCCACUGGAUGUUGCUUGUUCCACCUGAAACUUGGUGAUUAACAACUGUGCCCCUGACUACACUGCCACCAAGUCCUCCAUCUAUAUCAUCAGCUCUAAUUUCUCUUGUGUCUGGUUGAUUUUCACACCUCUUUUCCUACUUGAUAUGUGCCCUGCCCCUUGUUUGAAGACAGGGAACCUUUUACAUGAACCUUGAUCUUGUUUGCUUGGGCUGGGCCAUGGGGAAAACGAAACUCAGACCUAAUUUAAGGCUGGACACAGAGUCAGCAAGACACACGACAGCAUCUUGACGGAAGGAUGGCUUCGUCCAGACCAAGACCAAGACCAAGACUGAGACGUGGAGACCUGAUUGAGAUUUUUCGCUUUGGCUAUGAGCACUGGGCCAUCUAUGUGGGAUAUGGCUAUGUGAUCCAUGUGGCUCCCUGUGAAAUUGCCGGAGCUGUUGCGGCCAGUGUCCUGUCCGAACUGACCAACAAAGCCAUAGUGAAGAAGGAACUGCUGUCUGAGGUGGCUGGGAGAGACAACUACCGUGUCAAUAACAAACAUGAUGACAGAUACAUGCCACUGCCCAUCAACAAAAUCAUCAAGCGGGCAGAGGAGUUGGUGGGGAAGGAGCUUCACUAUUCACUGACCAGUGACAACUGCGAGCACUUCGUGAACGAGCUGCGCUAUGGGAUCUCCCGCAGCGACCAGGUCACUGAUGCCCACACAACAGUAAGUGUGGUAACAGGUGUCCUGGCUGUCGCAGGCCUUGUGGGCAUGCUGCUGUACAGAAGCAAGCGGGAAAGGCAAUAAAUCCAAGGAAUUGUCCCAACAACAACCAAUUCUUAUGGAAGAAUAUUGUUUAGCUGGCAGGAGUGCGGUUUGGUUUACUGGCUUUACUGUUUUGUGUUCAUCAAUCUUUAUUUUAAUGGAGUUAAAAGCAUAGGAACAUUUAUUUGGGGGAAAUGCAGCUUAGUGUGAAUUCUAUUAAAUGCAGCUUAGUGUGAAUUGUAUUAAAGACACGAUUGGGCUCUG